CUCUCUCUCUCAUAAAAAGCGCGAGAAACGAUGUCAGAACAAAGCGAGCGAAGGAGAGACUUUCGAAGACGACCGUGCAAUAGCGAGCAUACGCUUUUGUUCUCUCUCUCUCUACCUCUUCUCUCUCUUCUCUCUCUCUAGUCGCUACAGUGUUACUACACUGCUACUCUCUCUCUCUCUUCCGCAGACUGUCUUUGAAUUCUCUCUUUUGAGUAGUUAAUUAUACUAAAAAGAAAGUGAUCCCUCGAAGCAAUCAAAGCUCUCCGGUUUAUCGGGCGAUGGAUCUGUAACCCCGUUCCGCCGACAACCUCGCUUUUGGGUUUCUCAAACCCUUCCUCCACUGUCCACACACAGUCACGCACACUCUCUCUCUCUCUCUGAACUUGUAGACGGUAGAUGCUCUUUAUAAACCCUAGCACAAGAAACCAAUCUUUCAUCUUCUGCUACACUAGAUUAUUGUCGUAGAACGUCUCCGGCAUGGCCAACAAUACGCCGGAAGGUUUAGGCGACGAUUUCUUCGAUCAAAUCUUGGCGAUGCCACCAAGUUACCCGGGUAACGAGUCCCCUUUGGCGGGAAAUGAAGGGAAUUUGACGGGAACCGCAGGUGGGGCAUCGUCGAUGGUUCUGCAGCUGAGCUCCGGCGAAGGUUCCACUCAUGUGCGUAGUGCUGGUGGCGGUGGCUAUCAGGGAGCAACGACAGUGUUUCCCUUGGGAUUGAGCUUGGAACAGGGGAAAACUGGCUUUGUGAAACCGGAGGAAGCUUCUGGGAGCGGUAAACGGUUCCUAGAAGGCGUUGAUGGAAAGCUUCCUUCUGGAAAGAACGACAGAGACUCAGUGCAGUUGAUGUUCCCGGGGUUUGGACAUGUACAGAGUCAGACGCACUCGGUCCGGCCUGCUGCACCUCAGGUCCAUCAGCAUCAGCCCUUCCAUGGUCAACCUACACAGCCUGCAGUUCCUGCUGCACCUCAUCCACCAGCCAUCCGUCCAAGAGUGCGGGCCAGACGAGGGCAAGCUACUGAUCCCCACAGUAUUGCCGAGCGCUUACGCAGGGAGAGAAUAGCAGAAAGAAUGAAGGCUUUGCAGGAACUUGUACCUAACUCCAAUAAG